AUGGAGACAGCGGCAGUGAUGACAGCAGGGAGGACGGCUCUUCGCGGCUGCGACAUCGUUUCUCGGCUCCUUUGCCGCCCCCCUCUGCUUCUGGUCCGGCGGAUGGCAGGGAGACCGGCAGCGGCGCUUUGGGGCGCACGCCUGCCCAGGAAAGUGGAGGCCCCUCACUCAAGGCUGUUGCGGCUUCGGUCGUUUCCAAGGAGCUGUGGGGUGCCCCUAAGCGGCAGCCGUCAAUGCACCGUGUCCCCGGCAAAAAAUAACGAGGAGGUGGAGAUGGUUGCCAGUUUGCAGAAACUUAAUUGCGGAAGCCCUUUAGCCAUCAGUGGGGCCGAGUCGGACUUGCUGGCCCCCUCGGCAUCUUCUCCCGUGCUUACGUCCUUUGUGGUUGAGGAGCAAUCAGCCCUCCCCUGGGCCAUUUACAGGGUGUGUUGGGUGUUGAUGGGGGCAACGGAAAGGCCGGCCUCACCACGCUCACCCCUAUUGUUCGAGGAGGCGACGGUCUUACCGGCCUCACCACGAUCCCCACGAACACCCCAGCCACCGCCUUAUCUACAAUCCAAGUCUUCGGCUAAGCGGCUCAGGGUCUAUUCUAGGCGCCGUCUCCGCUCACGGCAGCGCCAGCGCUCCGGCUGCCGUCGUGGGUCCUCCCCACGCCCGUGCCUGGAGAUUCUGGAUUUGGAAGCUGGAAGAAUUGAUCCCACGACAGCCGGGGAUGUGGUAGCGGCAGUAGCAGCUCCAUCCUCGGUCUCCUUCCCUGGUGCGGUCCAAGGAGUGGAUGACCGGCCCCCCUCAGAAGCGCAUCAGCCAGGGUCUCCGACCCCCUCUGGCACCCAUACCGUAGUUGGCUCGGAUUUGGGGGGCCCUGAACAGCAGACCCAAGUCCCGGGCGUUGUAGUCCCUUUGUCGACUCCGCCCCGGGCUGGGAGUCUCCCGUCUUCGGAAGCCCGAGCUGCCUUCCUCAACGGCCUUGCUUGGUGUACAGAUGCCCUCCUCCCGAUGCCGGUAAUCAACAAGCGAAGAUACAAGUCCCAGUUGUCCGGGGCCACACCGCGUCGUAGUCGUCGGCUUGCUGGGGCUGCUGUGGAAUUUCCUCUGAAUGACCUGGGCGGGAGGACGAAGAAGAAGGCAAUGCGAUCUCUGGGCAUCCUUGAUGAAAAUAAAGGUAUUGACCAACAGGCUAUAGAUGAUUAUGCAAAAUUAUUUGGGCAACCCCUAUCUGAUUCACAGCUUCAAGCACUAGCUGCCUUGUUUUGUUGGUCCCAGCCUGAUGAACUUGGGCAGGGGGAGGAAUUGGAAAUGUUGAGUUAA